UGCUAGCUUCUGCCUUUUUCCUUGUCACCACUUCAAGGGUACCUCUGCUGUGAUGGGACGGCAAAAGGACAUUCUUGCUACUAUUGAGGAGCAUCUGAGGAUCAGAAACAAAUUAGUGCGGCAAGCGCUGGCUGAAUGCCUGGGGACCCUGAUCCUGGUGCUGUUUGGCUGUGGCUCUGUUGCACAGAUUGUGCUCAGCAGAGGGACUCAUGGAGGUUUCCUGACUGUCAACCUGGCCUUUGGCUUUGCAGUGACACUUGGCAUUUUGAUUGCAGGACAGGUAUCAGGUGGACACUUGAACCCAGCUGUCACUUUUGCCAUGUGCUUCUUGGCCCGGGAGCCCUGGAUCAAGCUACCAAUUUAUGCUCUAGCACAAACCCUGGGGGCUUUCCUUGGAGCUGGCAUAGUCUUUGGGCUGUACUACGAUGCCAUCUGGGCUUUUGGCAGUAACCACCUGUAUGUAACAGGACAGAAUGGCACUGCUGGUAUCUUUGCCACCUACCCUUCUCAGCAUCUGAACAUCGUGAACGGAUUCUUUGACCAGUUCAUUGGCACUGCUUCCCUGAUUGUUUGUGUCUUGGCUAUUGUUGAUCCCUUCAACAACCCUGUCCCCACUGGGCUGGAGGCUUUCACAGUUGGCUUUGUUGUCCUUGUUAUUGGAACAUCCAUGGGCUUCAACUCUGGCUAUGCUGUCAACCCUGCCAGAGACUUUGGGCCUCGUCUCUUCACAGCCAUUGCUGGCUGGGGUGCUGAAGUGUUCUGGACUGGUAAGCAGUGGUGGUGGGUUCCAAUUGUUGCUCCUUUCCUUGGUGCCGUCGCGGGAGUGAUAGUCUAUCAGCUGAUGAUUGGAUGUCACGAUGAGCCUUCUCCACCAGCCUUUGAGCAAGAAACAGUCAAGCUGUCUAAUGUGAAACACAAGGAAAGAGUCUGAGGAAGCUGCCACACAGAUCUGGCAGACAUUCAUUACUCAGGACUGCAGCUGGCAAAGAGGAGGAAGGAGUUAAGAGCUUCAAGAACAACAGGAAAAGUUCUUUUUCCUGUCUCAAUAUAUUCUAGCCUUUUUUUUUUUUUUUGUGUGUGCAUAUCCCUGAUGCAUUUGCUUUUAGGUAUAUUCUUGUGAGCCUUGCCUCAAAUACAGUAUAAUAUAGUCUUUGCCUAGCUGAAGGGUGUUGAGGACAGUAGGAUCCAGGACAGAAGUAGGCAUUUCUGCCUGACACAGGCCAAUCCUUCAGGAAUCUAGAGCUGGGUUUGGGCUGUGUUUCUGGUCUUGCCUGUGAGCUUGGACACCUUUCCCCCAACUGUCUGCAGAGUGGAGAUCCUAUAAAAUUCAAAUUGUUUUGCUGGCAUAGAAUGGAAAAUCCUACAUCCCAGGGUGGGGUGGGGGAGGUGAAAGCCUGUGAUUCUGCUGUGGAUCAAAUGUGUGCUUGGUGUUUCUCUAAAUUUGGUGCCAAGAGUGAACUUGCCUAAAGAAUUUUCUAUUGGCCAAACUUCCUAUAACUCCUGUGAAUUCCUAGAACAUUAUAUCAAUCAGCUGAUCCAUAGUGUCAGAGCAGAGAGUGAAAAUGCAGUGGGUCUUAAUUUAAUAGCAAGAUAGAAGUGUUUACAAACCACUGCUCCCUGGUGUUCUAGUAAUUCCUAGUAUUACCAGGUCCAAAAAUAUAGUUCUUCUCCUAGCCAGGGGCUAAAAUGGAAAGAAAGCUUGGCUCCUUUCUUAGUCAGCUUUGUGCAUAAACUACAAGAAGUUAAUGGCCAAGUUUUGCUGAAAACAUGGUUAUUGCUAAAGUUGUGUGCAUUCAUGUAAAUUUUGCAAUACUGGUGUGUGUUUUUUUUUUUUUUUUUAAUACAAUCCUUAAAGCUGUUCUAAAUAUCAGGGUUGGGAAGAGUUAAUUUAAAGAUGUCGGUGAACUGCCACUUCACUGAGAGCCUUGAGAUACUGUUGGAUUUUCCUGGGAUGGCUUUGGAUUAGGGCAUUUUGUUUCUGGAGCAGCUCCUUUUCUACUUUGCAGAAUUUGUGGGAUAUCCUUAGUACUCAUGGCUGAGAGAUUGAGGUCAGGCAUCUCUUGUCCUUGCAGUGCUGGCAUCUUCGGGGAUUUCUGGCUCUCCCAAUACCACAUUAUCGCAGAGUAUUUGAAACGUAGUAUCGGUUGUGAAAGGGUUUAAAAGUCCCAUACAUUACAGAAACCUUCAGAGCUCGUUUCUUUAAUGUGUGAAUUCCUUGAAAUAUGUAACUUUGUACACAUUUCCAGUUGCUGAAUGAUAUAUCUGUGUUUUUUUGCCUUUUUGAAAAAAUAAAAUGUUGAUACCUGCACUGUAAA